UGCAAGAUGGCUCCUCAUAUAAAACCAGCCGCCUGGCUUCUCUUUUGUGAUCAACAAAAUUACUUUUCCCCGUUUAUUCGAUUAAAAUACCGUUUUCGGGGAAGUGCUGAGGGCUAAACCGAUCUGUACGCUGGCGUAGGUGUUACUCGGCGUCCUCGGGCGCUGUGGGAAAUAUUUAAUAAACGAGCAGACCGAUUUUGAGGCAGUGCGCGAGAGAUCGGGCCUGUCCGCGCACGCGAACCUGAACCGAACCCCGCGCCCGAAUCCAAACCCGAGCAGCUCAUAUGGCUGUUUCAAGGUUGGAACGGCUGUUUAUCUUACUGGAUACAGGUUCGACUCCUGUUACCCGUAAAGCAGCUGCUCAGCAGUUGGGAGAUGUUGUUAAGCUUCACCCACAUGAGCUUAAUAACUUGCUAUCAAAGGUUUUAACAUACUUGAGGAGUCCAAAUUGGGAUACACGAAUCGCAGCGGGACAAGCUGUCGAAGCCAUAGUGAGGAAUAUUCCAGAAUGGAACCCAGCUCCAAAGCCAAAAGAUGAGGUGUGUGCAGAAGAUAUGUCACCAGAGGACAUCUCUUCAGACAGGCUGAGUUUCUACAGGUUUGAUAUCUCCCGUCUGCUCAAGCACGGAGCAUCGCUGCUCGGCUCUGCAGGUGCUGAAUUUGAGCUGCAAGAAGACAAGACGGGUGAGAUAGAUCCCAAAGAGCGUUUGGCUCGGCAGAGGAAACAGUUACAGAAGAAGUUGGGAUUGGAUAUGGGUGCAGCGAUCGGCAUGGACACAGAGGAGCUUUUUAAUGAUGAGGACCUGGAGGAUGCCUGCGCUUCCAGUACCAACAGAUCACAGCCUGGUAAAAGCCUGGGCUGUCACUUCUCACGCAACCAUUUGCCGGCUGCAGAGCUCAUAGAUUCAGAGUUUCGUCCAGGCAUGAGCAAUCGACAGAAGAACAAAGCCAAGAGGAUGGCAAAACUUGUUGCAAAGCAGAGAUCCAGAGACGUGGAUCCUAACGAGAAGAGCAAUGACAGUUUUGAGGGAGAGCCAGAGGAGAAGCGCCGGAAAACCACAAAUGUAGUCAUUGAGCAGCCAGCAACCGACAGCAAAGUCUUAAUUGAUAAUGUUCCUGAUAACUCCAAUUUAUUUGAGGAGACUCAGGAAUGGCCCCUGGAAAGCUUCUGUGAUGAACUGUGCAAUGACCUCUUCAACCCCUCGUGGGAGAUUCGUCACGGUGCAGGCACGGGACUGAGGGAAGUGCUGAAGUGUCACGGUACUGGCGGAGGAAAGACUGUUGGCAGUACAGCAGAACAGAUGGAACGACAGCACCAGGAGUGGCUGGAGGAUUUGGUCAUCCGGCUUUUGUGCGUCUUUGCUCUAGACAGAUUUGGAGACUUUGUGUCAGAUGAGGUGGUUGCACCUGUCAGAGAGACGUGUGCCCAGACUCUGGGUGUGGCCUUGAGGCACAUGGCGAACAGUGGCUUUGCCAUGACUGUGGACAUUCUGCUCAAGCUGCUAACUGAAGACCAGUGGGAGGUUCGACACGGAGGCCUACUGGGCAUCAAAUAUGCCCUUGCUAUCAGACAGGAUUUGAUCGCUGAGCUACUGCCCCGGGUUCUUCCUGCCAUUACAGAAGGCCUGCGGGAUCUGGAUGAUGAUGUUCGUGCAGUGGCAGCAGCAGCUUUGAUCCCAGUGGUGGAUGGAUUGGUUCAAUUGCAGCCUGCUAAGGUUCCUUUCAUUGUGGACACACUGUGGAAUGCCCUGCUGGAGCUGGAUGAUCUCACAGCUUCGACUAACAGCAUCAUGACCCUCCUGUCCUCCCUGCUCACUUACCCACAGGUCCGCCAGUGCAGCACGCACCAGUCUCUCACAGUGUUGGUUCCUCGAGUAUGGCCAUUCCUGAGACAUACAAUCGCUUCUGUUCGUCGGGCUGCCCUAGAGACCCUCUUUACAUUGCUUUCCAAAGCUGACCAGAGUUGUGCAUUAUGGCUGAAUCCCAUCAUGCAGGACAUGUUAAGACACAUCUUUCAGUCCUGCAUCCUGGAGAGCAACCAGGAGAUCCUAGAGUUGAUACAGAAGGUGUGGGGGGAGUUGUUGCGACAGUCCCCGCAGCAGUAUGUGGUGGCAGCCAGCUGUCCUUGGAUGGGUGCCUGGCUCUGUUUGAUGAUGCAAGCGUCACACAUCCCAAUCGACCCCAACAUGCUGCUGGAAGUUAAAGCACGCUUAAAGGAGAAGGCUACUGGAAAGACCAGACAGGGAUCUGUUCCAGUCAAGGAAAUGGUCCAGGAGUACAUCGGUGGAGCGGAGACGAUUACCGAAGACCCUGCCACGCGAGACUAUGUGGUGACACGUGCACGUCUAAUGGCUGCAAAGCUGUUGGGGGCACUGUGCAGUUGUAUUUGUGACCCACGGUUGAAUAGCUCUUCUCAAGAACUCCGGCCUGCCGAGUCUCUAGCACAACUUUUACUGUUCCAUCUCAAUUCCAAAUCGGCCCUGCAGCGGAUUGCGGUAUCCAUGGUGAUCUGUGAGUGGGCAGGCCUUCAGAAGGAGUGUGAGCUGCUGUCCAGCGUGGUUCAGCCCCGAUUGCUGGACAUUCUCUCAGAGCAACUCUACUACGACGAGAUCGCCAUUCCAUUUACUCGCAUGCAGAACGAAUGUAAACAGCUCAUAGCGCUGCUGGCUGACGCCCACAUUGACGUGAGAGAACGAAUCAACUCCACUGUAUUCACCAUCGAUCAGGCUAAUGAGCUGGUGACCACCAUCUUCUCAGAAUGCACCUCCUCUCUGAACCUCAAAUCACGUCAGUUCCAGCUGCUGGACAGCAAGAAGUUGCAGGCUCGUUCCACUGUGUGCGAGACCAGCACAGAGUGGCAGCAGCUGCAGCUGAGAGUUCAUACCUUCACUGCCUGCGCUGUGGUUGGACUUGCCAUGCUGCCGGAUAAACUCAAUCCUGUUGUCAGGCCCCUGAUGGAGGCGGCCCGCCGCGAAGAGAACAUGCUCGUCCAGGGUUAUGCAGCCUCCAACAUUGCCCGCCUGCUGCAGCUGUGCGCUGCCAGAUCUCCCUGCCCGAAUGCCAAGAUCGUGAAGAAUCUCUGCAGCUCGGUGUGUGUAGAUCCAAUGCUCACCCCUAGUGCUGCAUGUCCUGUCCCGCCAGCCAGCACUCCAGCAAUACAAGAGAGCAGUAAAGCAUCUGUGGCAGAGAAGGAUGCGAUGCAUCACAUGGUGAACAAGUCAAAGGGCAUCAUCACCCUUUACCGGCAUCAGAAAGCAGCUUUUGCCAUCACCAGUAAGAGAGGACCCACACCAAAAGCCCCCAAAACUACCAACAAUGACCUGCCCCUCGGAGGCAGCAUUACCACAGAAACAGAUGAGAGCAAGAAGCCAUGUCUUAUCCAGAGGAGAGGGGCAGAGUUCUGCUUGAUGACAGUUGCCAGGCAUUUUGGUAAGGAGUUGACCAAAACGUUGCCAUAUCUGUGGGAGUCCAUGACCGGUCCGCUGAGGAAUGCGCUGGAUGCUCAGAGAUUUGAUUCCAGCCAGUUGCUGAAGCAGGGAGACCCGGUUGCUCAGGAGCUUGUCAACUCUCUGCAGGUGCUGGAGGUCACAGCAGGAGCCAUGUCCCAAGAGCUCAACCCUUUAUUGAUGGAGCAGUUGCCUCUCCUGUGCACCUGUCUGCAACAUCCAUACACAGCCGUACGUCACAUGGCAGCGCGCUGUGUGGGCGUGCUCAGCAAGAUCGCUACUAUGGAGACCAUGAAUGUGUUCCUGGAACAUGUGCUUCCCUGGUUGGGUGCUAUUGAUGACAACACCAAGCAGGAGGGAGCCAUCGAAGCCCUGGCCUGUAUCCUCUGCAUGUCACAAAUGAAAAUCAAGCUCUUUUCUUGUAUUAAAAGUGCCUUUGUAUUUCACCUGCUGUUGGACUGUGGACUGGGUUCUGCUGGAGCAGCUGAUGGCGGCACAGAGGCUGUGGUGGCCCAGCACCGCAUUCUGAUCUUCUGCCAGCUGAAGAGCAUGUUGGACAUCGUGGAGCAGGAUCUGCUCAAAGCACAGCUGCCCACAGUCACCUACCUCAGGCUGGAUGGAAGCGUUCAGGCCGGCCUCAGACACUCCAUAGUCUCUAGGUUUAAUAAUGACCCAUCCAUAGAUGUUCUGCUGCUCACUACCCAUGUGGGUGGACUGGGUUUGAAUCUGACUGGAGCAGAUACCGUUGUGUUUGUGGAGCAUGACUGGAACCCCAUGAGAGACUUGCAGGCCAUGGAUCGAGCUCACAGAAUAGGACAGAAACGUGUGGUGAAUGUGUAUCGUCUCAUCACACGGGGCACGCUGGAGGAGAAGAUUAUGGGUCUGCAGAAAUUUAAGAUGACCAUUGCAAAUACAGUCAUCAGCCAAGAGAACGCCAGCCUGCAGAGCAUGGGCACAGAACAGCUGCUCAACCUCUUCACACUGGACAAGAAUAAUAAAGCAGAGAAGAGCGAGGCGGCAGCGUCGUCAUCCUCUGGUCAAGCCAGUAUGAAGUCUGUUCUGGAUGGGCUGGGUGACCUGUGGGACCAGCAGCAGUACGAGAACGAAUACGACCUGGACAGCUUCAUGCACUCACUUAAAUGAGCUCAGUUCAACAUGAGCAA